AUGAGAUCUACCAUCUUUGUUUCCGCCAUGCUUGCUGGCCUCGCCAUGGCUUCUCCCGCCCAGCCUGCUCGCGCUGGCGCUUGUCAGGUUGACGCAGACUGCAAGUCUAACCAGCAUUGUGAUGCCGGCAGCUGCGCUCCCAACAAGGUUACUCGUGAUGCUCCUCUUGCCCGGCUCGGCCAGGCAUGCCACAUUGACGGAGACUGCUCCAACAACCUGGCCUGCGUCAAGGAUCUCUGCGCUACACCCCAGAACAAGCGUGACGGCCCUCUGGCCCACCUCAAUGCUGCGUGCAAGACCACCCAGGACUGUGUCAAGGGCCUUGUCUGUCAGCAGGACUCUUGCAUUGCCCCCAAGGACAAGCGCGACGUUUCCCUGUCUCAGUUGGGCCAGCCUUGCCAGGGUACUAGUGACUGUGUUAAGGGCCUGGAUUGUGAGAAGAAUACCUGUCUUGCUUCCCAGGGCAAGAAAAACAAGCGCAGCGCCCCUGACGCUCAGGUCGGCCAGAAGUGUGACACCACUGGCGACUGUGUGAAGGGUCUUGUCUGCGAGCAGGACACUUGCAUUGCCCCUAAGGACAAGCGUGAGAACACCAAGUCCAUGAUCAACCAGUCCUGCAAGGUCAAUGGCGACUGCAUUAAGGGCCUCGUCUGCAACCAGGACACCUGCACCGCCGCCAAGCAGGAGCAGUCCCAGCAGCAGAAGCGCGACGUCGGUGACUCAUGCGAGAACGAUUCUGACUGCUCUGGCCCAAGUAAACUCACAUGCCAGUUCCUCAAGGGCAACAAGGUUUGCGCUGUCCCCCAGAACUAA